AUGAAUUUUAAGUUUCUUAUUCUUGUAUUUGCAGCACUUUUUGCUUGUGAAAUUUGUUCGUUGCCAAAGAAAACUGGGCCUUGUAGGGGUGUUUUUCGUCGCUGGUAUUACAAUGCUCAAGCUAAGGAAUGCCAAGCCUUCAUUUACGCUGGAUGUUAUGGAAAUUCAAAUAAUUUCUUAAGUGAAGAAGAAUGUCUUAGUACAUGUGUUUUAAAAAUGAAUUUAAAAUUUCUUAUUCUUGUAUUUGCAGCACUUUUUGCUUGUGGAUAUUGUACGUUGCCAUCUGAAAUGGGACCAUGUAAGGCUGCUCUUCUUCGCUGGUACUUUGAUGUUGAAACUAAGACAUGUCAAACCUUUAGUUGGGGUGGAUGUGGUGGAAAUUCAAAUAAAUUCUUAAGUGAAGAAGAAUGUCUAAAAAUUUGUACGUUGCCAAGCGAAACAGGUGAUUGUAGAGCUGUUAUUCUUCGCUGGUAUUACAAUGCUCAAGCUAAGGAAUGCCAAGGUUUCGUCUGGGGCGGAUGUGGUGGAAAUGCAAAUAAAUUCUUAAAUGAAGUAGAAUGUCUUAGAACGUGUGACGCUUUAGUAUUCAAAAGCUCCAAAAUUGCAAAAAUGAAUUUUAAGCUUAUUGUACUUGUACUUGUACUUGCGGUACCUUUUGCUAGUGCAUGCAGCUGCAUGGGGGGAUUUGUACCAAGAUAUUGUGCGAUGCCAUCUGCAAUAGGUCGUUGUAAAUCUGCUUAUUCUCGCUGGUACUUUGAUGCUCAAACUAAACAUUGCCGACCCUUCAAUUACAGUGGAUGUGGUGGAAACCCAAAUAAUUUCCCAACUGAAGAAGAUUGUGUUAAAACAUGCGGAUUUUGUUCGUUGUCAUAUGAAGUUGGAAAAUGUCAGGCUACUUUUACUCGCUGGUAUUAUAAUGCUAAAGAUAAAAAAUGUCACACCUUCACUUACGGCGGAUGUGGUGGCAAUUCAAAUAAUUUCCAGAAUGAAGCAGAUUGUAUGAAAAUAUGUGCUCCAAAAAAAUUCAAAAUGAAUUUUAAGUUUCUUGUUCUUGUAUUUGCGGCACUUUUUGUUCGUGUAAAACUUGAGAAAAAAGGUAGAGUUGUACCAAAAUUUUGUAAAUUGGCAUCUGAAAUGGGACCAUGUGAGGCUGCUUUUACUCGCUGGUACUUUGAUGUUAAAACUAAGAAAUGUCAAACCUUUACUUGGGGUGGAUGUGGGGGAAAUCCAAAUAACUUCCAAAGUGAAGUUGAAUGUCUUACUACGUGUAGUGGAUUGGGAUUCUGUGCGUUGCCAUCUGACGGGGGACCAUGUAAGGCUUUUUAUUCCCGCUGGUAUUAUAAUGCUCAAGAUAAUGAAUGUCAAACCUUUACUUGGGGUGGUUGUAUGGGAAAUUUAAAUAAUUUCCAAAGUGAAACACAUUGUAAUAAAGCAUGUGGUGAAUUUUAAAUAUUGUUUUUAAUAUCAUACACCAAAAGCAAAGAAAAAUUAAUAAAAAUUUAUUACUUAAUUUGAAAAGUAUUCAAGAGA